AGAUCGCAAUGCUGAUCAUCGAGGAGAUGUUAAAACGCUUUGAUUAUGUGACACACCAAGGCCAGCGGAUGAUUCUGCAGUGCAUGACUCCAUGGCUAGACGCCCUGACAAUCCAACUCACUCCGCCUAUACCACACAACACCCCCGACUCUAUGGCUGAUUCUCCCCAUAGUUUGUCGUCUGACUCUCGUCGUCGGUCGUCUGGGGCUCGCAGUGUUGAGUUGUUUAGAGAUCGCAGAGAAACCGUUAGCAGUCUCAGCGGCUCAGCGGCAAGUGUGGAUGGGAAUAGAAAAGGCAGGCGAUAUACUUUGAAUAGCAAUACCUCCAGCAAGAAAGGAACACCCCCGCUCACCACCGCCUCGCUUCAGACCCCCUCCGAAGACCCCUCCCACACCCCCUCCGAAAGCCUCGAGCGCUUCAAUGAACUACAGCAGAAGCACAUAUAUAUACUACUACAACUACUGGCAAUCACCACACACCACGGCGAGAGCCAUCCCACUAGCGUAGAGCAAGUGUGGCAGGCCCUGUGCAAGCAGACCUCGAAUAUCCACACGCUGGUCGAGUUUGUCAUACAG